AUGAACUACAAAUUUUAAUACCUGCCUUUCACUCUUGCUACGCAAACAAGGCUGGAUUCAAUGAAUCAAAGGAACAAUCAUCGGCUCGCCGGUCACGUGAUAUCCCGCUCCUAUUCAAAUGGCGUCGACCCACGGGAAUUUGGUAGUGGAAGGGCUAGAAGGGCUGGAAGGGCGUUUCUUAAUUGAUUAAACUGAAACUUGUCAGGUCCAUUACUACUUUCCUUGCUAUCAAAACAUCGGCCUUUGAUUGCAUCCUGCAACAACAAAUACCUUGUCACAGAACGGUAUUCACCCCUGCAUAUAUAUUAAAUAACCGAGCCCAUACAAAUCUCCAUUGAACUGAAGGAUUGAGAUCUUCUCUCUUCUCGUCACCGAAAGCUUCCACAAUGGGUCUCAAACUCGUCCCUGCUAAGCAUGCUGAUAUGCAUGAGAUGGUCGAAGUUGUAUACAUUGCGAACUCCGAUCCACGCGACCCAUUCGUUGAUCUUUGUCUUCCCGGUCUUGGUGAUUGGUCGUCUUCCACGCUCGAAGAAGGCAUUGAUGAGGUAACUAAGAACUACCUUGAGGAGUGGAAGGCUUCCAGCACGCAAACCUGGCUGAAGGUGGUAGACGAGAAUACCGGGAAGAUCACAAGUGUUUCAAGAUGGGAAUUACAUGAAAAGAACCCAUUCGCUGAUGGCCUGCCCCAUAUUAAUGCUGCCUGGCUUCCUGAGGGUUCAAAGAUACGAGAAUACGCAGAGUGGCUGAUCAACACGCGAUACGGUCAAGCAUCGGAGCGAUGCCAGUCCCCUCACGUCUGGCUGGAUAUAUGUGCAACACUGCCUGAGUUCCGGCGACGAGGAGCUGCAAGUCAAGCACUGCAAUGGGGAAUCAACAAAGCAGACGAAAUGGAUGUCGAAGCGUUCAUAGAAGCAUCAAUUGAGGGUGCACAACUUUAUGAAAGAUUUGGGUUUCGAACUAUCCAUAUUAUGGACCUUCGCAAAGAGGCAACUGAAGAUCAGGAGUGGGCUAGUCUUGCAGAAGAAUAUCCUUUGCAUUAUAGGUGGAUGGAAAGAGAGAAAAAGAGCAACAGAAAUGUCUGAGAUGCUAUCAAUUGAGACUAUGUAGACUUGAAAAUAG